UCAUGUGGUUUAGUCUUAUUUUGAUGAGGGGGAUCCCUUACAGAGCUGAGCUGCUCCCCUGUCUGCUUUCCAAUGGUUAUGACUGCUUGGUUUCAGCUUUGUCCUGGGAAAGGUGGGCAGGGACUGUGGGAUCAUGACUGUCCAAGUUUAACGCCUCCAUGCAGGACACAUGGCUGCACGGAUGUGAUGGCAGCACCAUAGCCAGAUCCCCAUCGGGAUGUGCAGAUUUCUGCUUUGGGAUUCAGGAUGGGUGGAGGCAUCCGGGAGGGAAGUUUGUCUUCCUCUGUGCUGCUCAUUUAAUGAAACACCAUGUGCAGCCGGGGAGGGAGGUGCAGACAGAGGUGUCUGCGGUCAGGAUGAGUUGCUGGGGAGCUGGCAUGGCUGUCCCCCCAUCCUGCUUCCCUUUCCCUGCCUCCUCCCUGGGCUAAAUAACCCCGUUCCCCUCUCUCACCCCGCAGCAGAGGCCGACAUGAGCACGUCCUUGCUGUGUUAGGGCUGCCCCUCAGCGCGUCGGUGACCCAGCCCGGCGAGGAUGCGCGCCUGGAAGGCGGUGGCCAGCACGCUGGCGCUCAGCGGGGCCGAUGUGGCGGUCACCACGCUGCUCUACACCCACGGCCAGGGCGGCCGGAAUGUCCUGCAGGACCUGCGGCACUUCAACAUCUUCAACUCGCUGCUGGACAUCUGGGGGGGCUGCCUGUACCGCAGCUGCGUGCUGCUGGGCGCCGCCAUCGGCGUGGCCACCAACACGGCCUACGGCCCCCGGCGCCUCAGGGCGUCGCGGACCUUCAUCGCCGUCGUCUGCCUCCUCAUGGGCAUCUACAUGAUGGUGAAGCUGCUGCUCUACUCGGAGGUGCGGAAGACCAUCAGGGACCCCUGGUUCUGGGGGCUCUUUGCCUGGACCUACGUGGCGCUGGCGGCCACCUUCGGGCUGUGGCAGCUGCUGGCCUGUGUCACCUCCUCCCGCGAGGCGCUGGGGCCCAGCUCCGAGUCCCGCGCCGAGGUGGAGGAGAGCUGUGAUGGGGGCACCCCGAGGGACAAGAGGGAGGAGGCAGCAGGUCCCACCAUCCAUAAGCUGCUGUCCUACACCAAGCCGGAUGCCUUGUUCCUGGGCAUCGCCUCCUUCUUCCUCCUCGUGGCCGCCUUGGGAGAGACCUUCCUGCCCUACUACACAGGGCUGGCCAUCGACGGCAUCGUGGUGCAGAAGAGCAUGGAUCGCUUCUCCACGGCAGUGCUGGUCAUGUCACUGCUCGCCAUAGGAAGCUCAUUUGCCGCAGGUAUCCGGGGCGGCGUUUUCACGCUCAUCUUUGCACGGCUGAACAUCCGCCUGCGGAACUGCCUCUUCAGGUCCCUGGUGUCUCAGGAGAUGAGUUUUUUUGAUGAGAAUCGCACAGGGGACGUCAUCUCCCGCCUGACGUCGGACACGACCAUCGUGAGCGACCUGGUCUCGCAGAACAUCAACAUCUUCCUGCGCAACGUGGUGAAGGCCACGGGCGUCAUCUUCUUCAUGUUCAGCCUCUCCUGGAAGCUCUCCCUGGUCACCUUCAUGGGCUUCCCCAUCAUCAUGCUGGUGUCUGAUGUCUAUGGGAAGUACUACCAGAAGCUCUCCAAGGAUGUGCAGAGCGCUCUGGCCAAGGCCAACAACACGGCUGAGGAGACCAUCUCGGCCAUGAAGACCGUCCGCAGCUUUGCCAACGAGGAGACGGAGGCCAACGUGUACUGGCAGAAGCUGCAGCAGGUGUACAAGCUCAACAAGCGGGAGGCCAUGGCUUACACCUACUACGUCUGGUCCAGUGGGCUGACCCUGCUGGUGGUCCAGGUCAGCAUCCUUUACUACGGUGGGCACCUCGUGAUCUCUGGGCAAAUGACAAGUGGAAACCUGAUAUCCUUCAUCAUUUAUGAGUUCGUGCUGGGGGACUGCAUGGAGUCCAUCGGCUCCGUGUACAGCGGCCUCAUGCAGGGCGUGGGGGCUGCUGAGAAGGUUUUUGAGUUCAUCGACCGCCAGCCCACCAUGGUGCACGACGGCUCCCUGGCCCCGGACCACGUGGAGGGGAAGGUGGAGUUCAGGAAUGUCACCUUUUCCUACCGCACUCGCUCUGCCACCCAGGUCCUCCAGGACGUGUCCUUCACCCUGCACCCUGGCAAAGUGACAGCGCUGGUGGGUCCUUCAGGGAGUGGGAAGAGCUCCUGUGUCAACAUCCUGGAGAACUUCUACCCUCUGCAGGACGGGCAGGUGCUGCUGGAUGGGCGUCCCAUUAACAUGUACGAUCACAAGUACCUGCACUCCGUGAUCUCCCUGGUGAGCCAGGAGCCCGUGCUGUUUGCCCGCUCCAUUGCAGACAAUAUUUCCUAUGGCUUGGCCUCAGCCUCCUUCGAGUCCGUGGUGCAGGCUGCCCAGAAGGCCAACGCCCACAACUUCAUCACCGAGCUGCAGGACGGCUACCACACAGAGGCAGGGGAAAAAGGAGCUCAGCUGUCAGGUGGGCAGAAGCAGAGAGUGGCGAUUGCCAGGGCCUUGAUCCGAGCCCCUCCCAUCCUCAUCCUGGACGAAGCCACGAGCGCGCUGGAUGCAGAGAGCGAGCACGCCAUUCAGCAGGCGAUUUACGGCGACUUGCAGAACCACACGGUGCUUGUCAUAGCUCACAGGCUGAGCACUGUGGAGAGGGCACACAACAUCAUUGUGCUGGACAAGGGCCGCGUGGUGCAGCAGGGCUCGCACAAGGAGCUGAUGGAAGAAGGAGGCCUUUAUUCCAAGCUGGUGCAGAGACAGAUCCUGGGGCUGGAGGGGGGCGGCACGGACAGUGGCCAGCCUGCAGCCCGGGGGGAUGCAGCCAAGGCACCUGGAGGGCUGGAGGAGGAGUUCAGGAUAGACCAUUCCCUGCCGGCCGCGGCACAGGACGAUUUCACCAACGCCGCGCCCAAGUGAGGGCGGCCGGCGCUCGGACGCUCCCUGGGAUGGAGGUGGCAGCACGGCUGGGAUGGAGGUGGCAGCACAGCUGGGAUGGAGGUGGCAGCACGGCUGGGAUGGAGGUGGCAGAACGGCGCCGCUGGCUCGCCCCACGUCACGCACCCUGCACACCCCAACACACACCAUAGAGCUUCCUGCAGGACACCUGCCGGCCGGCAAAACAGGGAUUCACUGGAGGGAGCUGGGUCCUUAGUAACUCUCAGCAUUUCUACUGGGUUCCUUUUCUUACUACCAGUAACUCCUCUCGACUGGGACUUUUCUCCCAUCGAUCUGCAUGUGUAACUGCUAUUAACUGUAAUGGAUGUUAAAUGCAUGCGGGGGGGGGAAGGUUGAAAACCCCUCCAGGAAUUUCAGGGGGUGGCUUUUGUGGCUGGAUAGAAAAAUGAUGUCUGUAAAGCGAGGUCCUGCUCCCUCUGUCAAUCUAUGGGGCUAAUCCAAAGUUGGCUGAAGCCUGUAGGGAGUUCCCUUUGGCUUUGGUGAAAACUGGAUCACUCCCAUGGAGCUGAAUGCCGGGAGAGUUUUGCGCUGAGUGCCUGCAGGCUCAGGCUCUCAACCAUUGCUGCUGAGCUUGUAUUACGUAGUAUCCAUCCUUGCUGGGACAAGCCAGGGGACCGGGAGGCAGAUGUUACUCUCUGAUUUGCUCUUGGUGCUUGGUGGGUGUUUGUUUUUAAGGAUGAAACGUUUUACCAUAACAGGGUUAGGUUUCGGGGCUUGGGGUUUUUUUUGUUUCGAUUUGUUUGUAGUUUUUUAAUGUCAUUUGUGUGCACUGUGCAAUGUCUGUCUGGCUCCAGCAUCCACUGAAAAUUGGUCUGUUAUUUCAGAAUUUUUUUUAACUCACAACCCCGGUGCUGGUGUGAAAAAAAAACACUACUAAAGACAGGCAAAAAACACUAAAAGACAGCACUUUAUAAAUCCCACCAAAGCUUUGUUCAGCUUCAGGCCAUGCUAGCGACUUCACUGCAUGGGAAAUCCGUUCCGUCACGUUCCUUGAAGUCCAGCUUCAGCUGCCUGAACUUUAUAAUGUAUUUCUUUGAAUAUAAUUUAUUUUAGUAUGAGGGGUAGAAAGAAAUGUGUUGCUCCUAGCCCUUUGGGGUAAUGGCUCUGGCUUAGUAGUGUUAUCCUGCUAUAGAUUGGUGAAAAAUCCUAUGCAGGCAGGCAAGUGCUGUUUUAAAAAUAGCAUUUCUAGGGGAACACUGACUUCAGACUCUGCAUAGUUAAGAAAUUCUCUCAAGCACUUUAGCUCUCAUGUUUUCUGAUACUUGAAUGCUGCUGCAUUUUCCUUUCCAGCAGGUUUGCAUUUUUGUUAUUGGCAAUGUUUUGUUUUCGGUUAGUGAUGUUUUACAAACUCUAAAUUUAGUGUCCUUGAGGAGGGAUGCUCAAAAAAAAAUAAAAUACUACCUCUGCCACUCAACGUCAA